CCUUUCGUGUGUGUGCUGACAACUGAGCCUCUCUGACUUGUAAACGGCUCACCGGGAGAGAAACAACGUCUCUCAUUUAGCUCUGUCCUAGAACGACGCCCUCAGCAGGCAUGCUGGCAGCAUCUCUCCUCGCUUGCGCCAUGAUGGCGUUAACCGCAGCUGACGGACAUAUCCUGUCUAACAGUACUUGCCCUGGCGAUUGGACUGAUUUUGGGGAACGGUGUUUCCGUUUUAUUCCUACGCAUAUGAUUUGGAGUACAGCUCAGAGACAUUGUCAGUCCAUGGGGGCAAACCUGGCAUCAAUACACAACAUUAAGGAGGUAGAGUUGAUCCACCGCAUGGCAGCCAAUGACACGGCCGUGUGGACCGGAGGCUCGUCUUGCCAGCAGAAGAAUUUGUGGCUUUGGUGUGACGGAACAAAGCUAGACUAUACGUACUGGUGUCCGGGUCACCCCAUUGAGGACGCUGACAAUUGCUGUCUGCAUGUUUCUCCCAAAGAUGGAAAAUGCUGGGUAGAGUUUGCGUGUAACAACCUGCUCCCAUCAAUCUGCGUCAUGAAUCGGCCUUAACUGCAGAAGGACCCGGCACAGAAGCAUGGAGGAACGGAAAGAAGAAAUCAAACAUCUGUCGAUCUGCCAUUCAUGGAUGCUGCUGCUGCUGACUUUGAGCAGAAUUUAAAAAUAAAUUUCUCUGCAUGUGUGAA